CUGUUUGAAGGUAUUUUGAGCUCUGCCACGCAAACAAUCACUGUCAUUCCCAGCUCAUUCUGAAAGCCUGGUUCAGCAUCACUUUUCUGCGUGUCUGUGUGUUGUUUACCUUCCUCUGGCAGACCACAGUCAUUUUUGGGAGUAUAACUUCAGCAGCACCCCGCCCCUUCUCUCACUCCCGAAGACGAAGUAGGAACACAAGCUAAGAGAACUCAUUCCUAUUUAAAGCGGCGUUUGUUCAUAUUUUGCUCACCGCUCUGGUUUUUCGUUUCUAAUUGGUUGAGGAUUCAUUUGGAGGAACAUUCUUUUUUUAGCCUGAGUUUGGUGGGCGGAGACAAAGUCUGCAGACGGUGAAUUCACGGUACAAUGGAUCUUGUGGUGUUGGUGGCGUUAAGCAGCUGGAUGGCUCCUGCACUGGGUUCAUCAGCAAAUGAUGAGACAGACUACGACAGCGCUUUUCAUUAUGAAGUGAUGGAAAACAUUCACCCUCAGGCCAAGAAUCCUUCUCAACUCCCAGUGCAGAUAUUUCUAAUCUUGUCCUCUCUGUUGGUGUCCUGUUGUCAGUCCUUCUCAAGCAUGAGUGCCCAGAAAGACGACAUAUAUAACCAAAAACCACAUUUACACAAACAUUUAGGAAUAAUGCACAAAUAUUUAAGAAAAAAAAUCAGCACCAUCUCCUGAGAAAUUCACAAAAAUGUGGAAAUUGCCCUAUCUUUCAAUUCUAAAGAAAAUGGGGGGGCGAAAAAUCAUUGAUUAAUCAGAUCUGCUCCAAACCUUAAUGGUUUCUUCCUUGACCCAUAUGCCACCCUUCCACCAAAUUUCAAGAAAAUCGAUUUAGUAGUUUUUGCGUAAUCUUGCGAAAAUUAUCUGAACUAUAGAUUUAGAUUAAUAGUUUAGAUCUAAUUAUCUGUAAUAGCUACAGCAAUAGUGUUGGGGGAGAUAUGCACCCUUAGAGCACUUUACUGUAUUACAUGUAAAUUGAUUAAAAACAAUACUAUAUGUAUGCUGAUUAUUGUGAUAUUGCUGCAAUAGUAUUGAUGUCUGUAGUUAUUUGUCCUGACUGGCUGACUAUUUCUGCUCUGUGAUGCUUUAACGUCCAUCCUGACCUUGCUAAACUAUUAAAACAGCAGAUUUUGCUUACUUUAUUCAGAUUGUCUAUUCAUAAUCAGUUAUAAUUCACAGUCUGCUUUGAUUUUAUUAUUGUUAUGUUAGUUUAUUUGUACAUAUAACAAACUGUAGCUGUUUGUGUCUGUUUUUCUGAUUGUGCUUCUUGAUUUUAAAUAAAAGUCAGAAUUACUUAUUUAUUGUUGUACUGGAUUUUUCAGUUUGAUUGUACAGGCAGCCACACAGCAAUCAUACAGUUUAAUUCUGGCAUGUUUUCUACAUGUCUGCUUUCAUGUGCAUUAUGGAAUUCUGCAAGAAAUAAAAUGUCU